AUGGCUAGAAGUACAUCAACAUCAGCAACGACAUUUCUCAAACGACAUCAACAAACAUUAUCACUUAUUGAUCAACCAACAACUAAACGACAAUCAUUAACAAUAACGAAUCAUAAUUCAAUUCUUCUCACAUCUUAUCUUUCAAUUCUAUCAGCAAAAAUAAUCACAUUUAAAGAAAAUAUUUCAAUAUUAUCAAAUGAUUCAAUUAUUGAAGAAAUUCGUCAUAAUGAUGGACAUAUUGAACAUAUUAAAUCUGAUCUAUCAAAACAAAUUAUAUUUUCAAAUAGUUCAAAACAAUAUACAAGUUUCGAUGGUAAACAAAUCUGUGUUCAAUUCUAUAAUGGUGAUUAUAAAGAAAAAUUUUCCGAUGGUUAUUCUAUAUAUAAAUAUGCUAGUGCAAAUACAACUGAAAACGAAUAUUUCGAUGGUACACCUAUAUAUGAAUUUCCAAAUGAACAAAUUGAAAAACAUUUAUCUGAUGAAAAACAAGAACAUAUAUUACCUGAUAAAACAAAAAAUAUUUAUUUAACUGAUGGAAUAAUAAUAUCAUUAAAACCAAAUGAAGAAAAAUUAUUCAACAUCCAAAUCAAACAAAAAAAGUUCAUAUAA